CGGUAGUCUGGCACAACUUGGUGACGGCACUUCUACGGAAGACCCGAGGAUGCGCAAAACGAAGUUCAGAAGUAGACAGAGUGGAGGUGGAGGCUCUCGCAUUCAUCUUCUUGGGAGUUCUUCUCUUCAGAGAGCUACGAAUCACGACCUACUUCACGGACCUUCCAGUCCUGGAAGAAACGAACAAGGGACUCUCUCCUUAACUAGACUCCGUGAGUGCUUUGUUGAAACCUGGGUACAGGAGUACUUCAGACUCCAAACUGCUGUGGCGGACCUGCGAUGCGAGUUUCAGUGUGCGCAGAAUAUACGGGAGGUGUCUGAUCGGCAUGACAUGGAAUUGGCGAGAUUGAAUGCAAUGAGCUCAACUUAAGAGGACGCGAGCUUGUAGUACUAGACUUGUUCUUAGGUGACAUACAGUCGUGACUUCCUAUGCGUACUAGGGUCGAACAGGAACUCACUUCUUAGAGAUAGAAUUUUGUAAGUCUUCUUGACUGUAGGACUUACCUGCCGUUUUGUCAGGAUUGAAGAGGGAAAUGAUUAAGAUUUCUACUGAGUGCUUGAGGACCACCUUUUAGUCUCCCAGAUAGUAUAUGUAAGACUAUGUGAGACUCAUGCCACGCUUGAUGGCCACCUUUUCUAAGGAACACAAGCCGAACGUCAUGCCUCACAGUUGCAAGAGACAUUGAGGCGGAAAGUCUUGGAGGUGGAAACGUUUUACGAUGCGGAACUUCAAAAACGCUUAGCAAAAGCCAAAGCAGAAAGAACAGCUGCAAAAGUUACGUUCUAGUAAAUCGGAAAAAUAGGUAUUUAGAUUGUAUAAGAUUUGAAUUUAGAUUUUGUUUGGAGUAUAGGUACAGGUAAAGGUUGUACAGGUACUGCUAACAUGAAGAUGUAGUUAUACCAACUGAGACGAGAACGUCGUUGAACCAACAAGUCUCGGUCUCCGAAGUAGAAGUAGUUCCCAUCCUCGAACAAAAAGCGAGAGGACAAGCUCCGCGAGCUCGUGAAACAAACAGAGGACUCUGUAGAAGUGAGAAUUUCAGCACUAGAAGCGACAGCUCACGCAAGACUGGAGGCAGCGACACGCGACUGGGAAUCAAAACACAAAAAAAUGGAAGAAAGGGUACUGCGGUUUUUUUAACACUCCCAUUCAGUAGGUCUAGUUAGGUGCGCCACCACUAUUAUGUCUAUACCAAAAAUGACUAGCUGAUGGAUCCUACUUAGCAUGGCCAUUACAAAAAUAAUAUCUGCGCUACUCUAUCCUUUAACUACUUUCCUUCCUUUUUCUUUUCCUAGUUAGUUUGGCGCCACCAUUAUUAUGUCUAUCCCACUGACUGAUCGAGAAGAUCAAGAUCAGGAUGACCAAGAAGGAGUGACAUCCAACGUCGGCAGUAACUACGUACGUCAGACAUUCACAAUUCAAUUUCAAAUCCACAAAAAUUCCCAUUAUUUAACCAAAAACAUCACAUCAGCAUUCGUUCGCCCUCGUUGAUGCAGAAGCGGUGAGUGAUGCGAUGUUGUCCGAAGCAAAUAGCAAGCUGGAAAUGGCAGCCGCUGAGGCCGAAAUGUUGAAGGUUGAGAACGAGCGACUACGAGAACAGAUGCGAAGGAGCGUGCCUGUUCAGGAAAGCUUGCUUAUGAAGGUGGAUACGAAAGAACGGACCUCUAGUGAAGGAUAGUCGUCAUUAUAACUACUUACUCACAGUAAAAAGUGUCAUUCAGUACUAUCAAUUAUGAGCGCUAUCUUAAUAAGUAUCUUAAGGAUCAUGGCUAAAUAUCAAAAAAAUGGAUGUUCUACUUGAGAACCUUUUCACAUCUAAAAUAGGAAACGUAAACAACUGUUUUCCUCCUGAAGAUGCAGCCGCUCGUCCAACAUCGAACUUCUAAUCCUCGUAAAACAAUCGACGAUUUGCGAGGAGAACUGACGGGACAGCAAGCUGAUGCAGGCAACGAUAUGGAGAUCUUAGAAAGAAUGCUCAAAGAUCACGAACAACAACUCCAAGUGUGGAAAAAACAAAUCGAAAACGACGAUGCCAGAGGAUCGCUGUUUUAUGAUAAAGAUGGAGCAAGGUAGACCCUUUUCUCUUUUCGAUCUUCCUCUGGUCUUUCUUUUUUGCAGUUAAGUCGGCUCCGCCGCAAAUAUAGAUGGAGCAAGGUAGAGUUAAUCCGUCGCUUGUAAGUAUUUGCAAUCGAUGAAAAGUACUUCUUUGAGUGUACACCUAGGACUAUUGUUGCUCUACUUUGAGUUGUGAUGUUGAAAGUCGGACGGUGUCCAUAGUCUGAAGCUGAACAGCUGGUAUAGAAAAUAGAAGUUCUUCUUCCCGCACCAGGACCUCCACAACAGCUACAAAAAGGAACCUCUAAUCCCCACCCGAACAUCACGGUGCAGUCGUUCCCGAGCUCAUGGACAAUGAACCUUCUUCUCCCGAAGUGGUUUCACCUGAUGAAGUUGCCGGGUCGGCGGUCGCUCCAGUUCAACCUCCAGUCCAUCCUCUCCAUAUGCGAGAAGGCAACAGAAUAACGACGGCAGAGAUUCAAAGUCAAGCUCAAGGCCUUUCUACCCACGGUAGGGGCCCAAAAGCAGAGGGAGAGGGGAUGCUGUAUAACCUCUUUAAGGCGAGUGCGAGUCAUCUACUACAAACAUGUUUCAAUUUUAUUGGGAGUUUCAAUUUUAUUGAGCAGUUAUUAUAUAUAUAUUUCAGUUUCUGUGAAUUUCAAUUUGAGUUUGACCUGGGCCUCCCGGUAUUUUUCCCUGUCUUAUCAGUUCUUUCACGUCGAGGAGUGAUGACUAAUCUUCUACAAGGGGAUGUGAUCGGCGAGCUUCUGCUUGGCGCAGCUGACGAUGCGACUUUGCGUCAGCUGUCUGUCGCACAGCCCACGGGCCUCUCGCUGCCUGCAGCGCUACAGCAUCCGCGAUCCUGACCACUUGCCUCUUAACUAGCUACUUAACUAACUAGUAAUAUGAACCUAGCUAGGACACCUUAACAUCAUCCGAACUUCAAAUUUUUUUUCGGGCCAGGUUCUGGCUCUCCCCAAGUGCAAAAUCCCCAUUCCAUACUAGAGACGUGAAUUCUUCUAGAAAGGAGCUUUGUGAAGAACAUCUUCUAAUCUUCUACAAGGGGACGUGAUCGGCGAGCUUCUGCUUGGCGCAGCUGACGAUGCGACUGAAGAAUUUCAGGAGGAUGAUGAAGAAAGGAGUGUGUACGAAGAAGGUAACGAAAACGACGAAAUCAACGACGAAUCGGGACUAAGAAGCAACGUUCGUCCCCCUGAGGAGCACUCAUCAAUACCGACCAAAUCUCCUGUCCUAGUUUCGCGGAGUGCCUCACAAAGAACAGCAUCUCGGACUGGUAGUAAACAAGGCGUGGCCCGGAACAAGACAGCAGGUCGUGACCCGGAACAAGAAGCAGAAGGUUCAAAUACAUCAAAAGCGGCAUCUUCUUCUUCGUCAUCCAGUAGACUUACAAGUCGUUCAUCAAGUAAGACCGGAAGGGAUGAUCACAAACAAGAAAGUGGAUCUGUUCGUGGGAACAAGCAUCAAACACCAGGAGGAGCAGGACCUUCGACUAUGCUUUUCUACAAUCAUACCGACGCAUCGACUGUUCAUCUUAGUGCCACAACUGGUUCUGAUGUCACUGCUGGAACGAGAAGUGGUGGAAGAGCUGCCAGAACGAUACAAGUGAGAACCAGUGAGAACAAGCAGACGAGUAGUAUAGCACCUUCAUCAUCUUCAUCUAGGACGAGGAGAAGUGAGGAGGCACAUCCGCAUGGUGUACUAAAGCAAAUCAAAAAUGGUACAACUACAACACGGAAGAAUGAACAGCCUUCGUCCCCACCACCUCGUUUGAUGCCACCCGCUUUACGUGAUGUACAAGCUAAGAUUGAGAAGCGCGUGAAGGCUAGGUUAGAACAGCAGAAGAAGACAACAACUACAAGACGAGUUCCAGAGUCAGUGGCUAUGCUGAGAGAUCGGCUAAGACACGCAAAAACACUACAACUACGACCACCAACACCUCCAGACGAGGAUGAUAUAAUCACAGAAUUUGCCGAUGAGCAUGGAGCAGAGGACAAAGGAACCAUAGAGAGAAGUAAAACGGUAACGGAGGGAACUAUAGAUAGAAGUAAAACGGAGGAGCAAAACGGAAAGCCGUCUCGACAGCCACAUAAAGUCGGAAAUCGAUUAGCGGUGAAGCCAUCCUCAACGCCGCGGAUUCUAGAUUAUGAGAAGUUUUUGUUUUUUAGUUUGCUAUUGGUGAUGAAUCUCGUAGGUAGAAAGAUGAAAUAGUUAGAACACACGAGGCAUUCUAUCCUAUCCUAUCCCAUCCUAAUAUGACCUUGUACUAGAAGAAGUUUGUUUAAGUUCUUCACAAUUGGAAGGAGAACGAGAAACCAGUCGUAUCUAUUUCAAGAUUUCUACAUCUAAUUCAAGCUGGACACUUCGACGGUUUUAAUAGGUGGACCAAGCCUUUGGCAGAGUAUGAAGAACCACUCGUCUCAAUCAGAGCAGCCACCGGAUGGCAGUACGUUUGCAUCGGGAUGGUUGUGAUGUGGAACAUAGCUACCGGUGGAUGGCAGUGCUUUAUAAAUAUGUUUAGUUUUAUCAUUCAAUGGAGAGUUUUUUUUCCCCUUUGUAUAUAUAUAUAAGUACGAGGUUGUGCUGCAAAUCUUGCUUGGCUUUUGCCCGUAAAACGGCGAAGGUUUAGGUCCAGCGACGCUCAAAGCACUAAAUAAACCAACCAGUUAGUUUUUACCUCUCCACCUUAGGCUUAUCCCAUGAAGCAAUUAAUGGAGAGACUGAAGAGAAGACUAGGCGUCACUCCUUCCUGGCAAAAAACACAUCGACGCCUAGUCGUUAGACAACCGGUUACCAAAUUAUUGAUAAUUCAUCCAUUCGAACCACGUAGCAACUGGAAAUCACUAUGUACUUAUUACCUAAAGACACUCAAGUCCCAAUUCAAAGUUCAAAGAAACCACGCACUUUUCGAUUGUUUGUAGAAUAGACUUCGUCGUAAAAUAUAGUUAAAGACUACGCCACUGCAAUAUGCGGAUUUUAGUACUGCUCAUUAUGCAAUAGCAGAAAAAUGAAGCCUUAUGCAAUACUAGCAGAAGUUCUUUUUGAUUUUGUUAUUCGAGAUAAAGGUUAAACUUGACAAGAUGGAUCGAGAUGUAAGCGGAACAAACUGCACUCACCAUGGAGGAUAUGAGCGCAAGAAGCUGCAUUCAUGCUGGAAUAGAUUGAUCCAUAUGUAUGCAUGUGGAGGAAUAU